UUGCGUCAUUUCUGCUGGCUGCUGAGGUCUUUUCUUUCACAGCGAGGUGUCCUCUCGAUUGGAGCUGACGACGGCACGUAUUUAGCCGUCGGUCUGACCUGGUGAACUCUGACCCCACUCCAGGCUCCAGCCCUGAUUGACCCGCCCCUCCUCCUGGGCGGGGAGGUCGCGAUCCUUUUUGGAGAGCGAUGAAGGGGCGCCAGAAAGGGAAACGCAAAGGGGGCAACAAAGACCGUGUUUUUGGGUGUGACCUUCGAGAACAUCUGAACGCAACGGGACAGGAGAUCCCCCUGGUUUUGCGUGCCUGCAGUAGUUUUGUGGAGGAGCACGGUGUUGUCGAUGGGAUUUAUAGACUGUCUGGAGUCUCAUCUAAUACACAGAAACUCAGGAAUGAGUUUGACUCGGAGACGUCUCCAGAUUUAAACCGGGACGUGUACCUCCAGGAUAUUCACUGCGUCUCCUCGCUGUGUAAAGCCUAUUUCAGAGAGCUCCCCAACCCACUCCUCACCUACCAGCUCUAUGAUAAAUUCGCAGACGCCGUGGCGAUACAGCUGGAAGAAGAGCGAUUGGUCAAAAUCAAGGAUGUGCUCAAAGAACUCCCGGAUCCUCAUUACAGGACUCUGGAGUUUUUAAUGCGACACCUGAUUCGAAUGGCCUCGUUUUCACGUGAGACCAACAUGCACGCUCGCAACCUGGCAAUUGUCUGGGCACCUAACCUGCUCAGGUCGAAGGAUAUUGAAUCCGGGUUCAACGGCACAGCGGCGUUCAUGGAGGUCAGGAUUCAGUCCAUCGUGGUGGAAUUCAUACUGAUGCACGUGGAGCAGCUCUUCAGCGACGCCUCUGGGGAUUACCAGGACCAUCGACCCAAGUCCCUCCCCUCACCGACUUUCCUGCCCAAUCAGGAAGAGCCGUACUUCCGAGCGCUUCCCUUCAACAUGCCGAGCGCGCUCAGCCCUGGAGACGGUCCUCCACAGAUGAGACCGUACCACGCCAUCAUUGAAGUGACAGACACCAAGAGGAAAGGGUCUCUGAAGGUGAAGAAAUGGAAGUCGAUUUUUAACCUGGGGAGAUCGAACAACAACGACAAGAGAAAAGGCAAGGGCGAGGGCAAAGAUAAAUCGAAGGCUCAUAUGAGACCAGCCAAGAGCAUGGACUCUCUCAGUUCCUUGCCGUGUACACUAGAAGAUUCAGUUAUCCAGCGGAGCUCUGCUCGAACGCCAAUUCGCCACGAAAGCUUCGGACCCUCCGAACAUCAGCCCAGCUCUCUACCCCCCUCCCCCCUGACCACGCCCUCGCUGGGCGCAGAGUCAGGGGCUAAAGGCUCCCAAGGCUACGCCGUGACUUAUCGCAGAGGGGGCGGGGCCAGCGUCAGCGUGAUGGGCGGGGCCGUGGGCGGGGCAGAGGCGGGACUUGGCAGCUCUAGCUUGGACAACUUGUCUUCGAAUUCUCCGAAGAGUCGGGGUAACCGCGCAGAGAGGUGCGCAGGUGUUCAUAUUUCCGGACCCUUUUCGGUGACCGUGCCGCUGCACAUCACUUCCGGGCUGGCUUUAGGGGUUUUACAGGGAGCUAACGGCGACAAAGGGGCUGGAAAAGCAGAGGAAGAGAAGAGGACGACAGCGGAGGACUCCUCAGAUCCCGGAGCGAAAGUCCAACAGGGAGAUGAAGAGAAGAACGAAAAUGACGUCCCCUUGUCGCAGGAAGAGGAGGGGCUGCAGGAAGCUGAAAGACAGGAAGUAAGGGAGACGGACAUCGAGGUUGAAAUGGAGGCUGCGGGAAGUGGUCAUAGUGGGCGGGGCUCCAGUAUCAGUUCAGAGGAAGAGGAGGAGCAUCUGGAGGAAGAGGAAUACAUGGACAUGCGAGGGAGCAUCGAGAGACCUUCAGAGCUGCCCCUAGACUUUUUGGACACUUUCGGCUUCCUGGACGAUGAUAUGAUGGACACGGGAGAGGGGGCGACACAGUUUGAAGAAUUCUCGGUGGAGCCCCCUUGCUACGAAGACGAGGACUGCUGCAGUUUCAGCAGUGAGAUGUACGAACCUCCCCCCAGCCUGCCCUCCCAGCUAGACCAGUUAAACCAGUUCAAAACAGAAGGCGACAGCGACGAAGACGUGCAGUUCUACAGCCUAUCGGACCACCUGGACCGUCCCGACCACAGAAUCUGGGAGACGGACACGCCCGCGGCUGCCCGAAUCGACCACGAAACCGACCAACUCGAAGACACCGGCGACCCUGCCGAGGAAAACGACCAGACAGCUCCUUCUGACACGCUGGACCUCCAAGCCAGCAGGGGGCAGUCAGACGAAGGGGUGAAACCUGCUUCUGGACCGGGAGACGAGGGUAGGUGGCAGUGUGCUGGAGACGCGGUCGCGGGUACGCCAACUCAAGACAGCGAGACCAGCUAUACCUGCGGUGAAAUGCGGGCAAUUGAUCUUAACUCGAGGGAUCCGCCUGAGGAACCCGGCGACACUUUGCUUCUACUUUGCUCUACGGGAACGUCGGACAUGCAGAGCUUCGUUGAAAGCAGCCGGGGCUGUCCCACAGAAGCCCAGAUUGAAAGCGUGGCUGGUUUAGAGUCGGGGAGCUCGCUCUGUUCCACGGACGUCCCGCAGCUUGCUCAUGAUCUGGAAGCGGAGCUCCAAGGCGAUUCCACCGCUGUUUUGGAAGCGUCUGAGAUGCCUGCAGAAGGAAAUACAGACGGGAAGCAGCUCCGAGUGGAACCGGAAGGUAUAGCGCAGCCGGAGGGAUCCGGGGUUGACGAAGGACCGAUAGGAGAUCCGGAAAAGCUUUUAGGGAAUCAGGAGGCACUCUCGGAAAUUCUUCAAGAUGAUGAAAUGGGUGGAGUUUGUAAGGAGGACGAGAAGCAAGCAGUGGCUUCUUAUGAAGAUUCGAAAGAUGGAUUGGCAAAGGUUAGGGUCUUCGUCCAGUCUGUGGUAGACCAUUCUCUGGCCUCUAUAGAAACCCACGGGAAAAAUGCAUGCAGUGAGAUGGGAAACGUUUUGGUGGGAAAGGCGGAAAUUGUCGGGAAUGAAUUGAGCCCCGCAGAGGCGGAUCCAGUUAAACAGAUGGAUGUGGAAGUAGAUUCUGUUGAGGAGGUUAUAAUGGAGGAGGGGGGAGGUAGCGAGGCAGGGGGUGUAGAUGGGACUGGUGAUCAUGAAACGGGUGGAAUGGUGCAGGAGGUUGGGGUUGGGGGUUCGAGUGACGGGAACGAAGAUGCUGAAGAAAUUGAAGAGGGUUUCACGAGGGAGAUGGAAGAGGCAGCUGGAAAACCAGAGGGCUUGGGUGAGGUAACGGAGGUAGAAUUGAAAGAGAGUGGGGAUGCGGGCAGAGAAAUGGGGGUGGCAAGUGCGAAGGUGGGCGACGAUCAGACGGGAAGCGAGAAAGAAGGGGUGGAGGGAGAUGGAUCGAAACACAGCAGGGAGAGGGAAGAUUCGGAGACCCAAAGGGAGGCAAGAUUAGAAGGAAUGGAAGGUGCUCGGAUGCAGGUCGUAGCAUCUGUGCCGACUAAGCCACAGCCAAAACUUUACCAGGUAAAAUCAGUACCUGUUGUCGCACCAAAGCCUCAAUUUUCAAAACUGCCCCCUGCAUUGAAGAUCAAGCAUCAGCUUCACCAACAGGAGCUCCAGUCGCAGCUGCCAGGGAGCGAGGGAGAGAGCAAGGGCAGAGGGAAGAACAGGUGGAGCUACGGGGGAAGGGAGGGAGAGGCGGAAGGGGAGGGGGAGCGGGGGAAGAGGAACGGGGCGACUCCGGGAGCCAGUCUCUCUUUCGAUGAAGCCGUAGCGAGGGCCAGGGACAGGCAUUGCAAUCUGAAGGUGUGGAGGAUUCAGGCGUACGGGGAGCAGAGCUCCCUGCAGGCUCUGCCUAAACAGCUCCGCCACUCCCACUGUGACCUCACGGGGCAAGCCCCGCCCAGUCCCAAUCCCCGCCCCUUCCCCAGAGGAGGCGAAGCCAAGAGAAUGAGCUUGCCCAGGAUUGGUCAGAGUGCAAGCUUGCCUGAAACGGAGGAAAUAAUUCAACAGAGGCGCUCUUUUGCUGCUCUGGAUAGUCACAGAGAUAAGGAGAGGGAGAGUGAGUGAGGGAGAUAAAGAUACAUCAUUUAUUUGCACAUCAAUUGUACUGAAGCUGGUUGCUUUGGAUAAUGGGACCUAGUGCGUUUCAAAUAGAAUUAUUAUUAUUAUUAUUAUUUUUUAAUCUUUGUUCACGGGCUUGCUCAGAUUGAUAGCGUUGCCGCGCACACUCUUUUGUUUCGUUCAUUGUAACUUCAGAUGCUGGUUUCAAUGGAGGAGCGUAUCACACUAUACCAGACCAUGGUAACUUCAUUGAUACAGUCUUCUAAUGGUACAAGCGUUUCAGGGAGCUUUACGAAAAUACACAGCGAAUCAAAAGAGCUCUGAACGACUCGCUAGCGAAAAAGGCCAUCUGUUUUAUACCGAAGCAAAUUGUUGGCAACUUAAAAAUAAUAAUAAUAAUAAUAAAUAACAAUAAAAGUUCAUACCACGUCAUUCACUUAAUUCAGUUUACUUUUUAGUUUUUCAUUUGGUUGUUUUGUUGUCUUGAUGUUCAAAUGAAAAUGUAGUUCGAAAACAAAAUGACUUUUUAAAUGGUGUAAAAAUUCAACAUUGGGUGUAUAUAUAUAUAUAUAUAUAUAUAUAUAUAUAUAUAUAUAUAUAUAUAUAUAUAUAUAUAUAUAUAUACAGUGCAAUACAGUUAGGGCAAUUUCUUCAUCUGUGUAAACUGGGAGUUUUUUUUAUUUUUCUUAAAAAUAUUUCCCAACAUAAAACCAAUGUCACCUUACAAUAAUUGAUCUUGAGUUUCAGUGUUUUAAAAUAAAAUAUCAAACAGAACGAAAUUUCAAUGUAACAUUUGUAAUUCAGUAAUAUGAGAGAAUUGGUCAGGGGUCUGAAUACUUUUGCAAGGCACUGUAUAUAUAUAUAUAUAUAUAUAUAUAUAUAUACACACACACAGACACACAAUGUUUCAUUUUUAAAUUAGGAUUCUGUUAUUAAAUACUUUAUUUUAACUGCUUCAGGGUUGCUACAGCUUCAAUGAAUUGAAGAAAAUAAAAAGUCCCUAAUUCUUUCAUAAGCAGAAUAGACGAGACAAGAAGCGCAGUGACUAAAAUAUCAUUCAGAUAAACUCAAUUCAAAUUUCAACUUUUAAACCAGUAUAGAACCAUUAAUAAAUACAUCUCGUUUUAAAUGGGGAUACUGGAAAAUGAAAGAGGCUGUGUGGUCCAGUGGUUAAAGAAACGGGCUUGUAACCAGGAGGUCCCCGGUUCAAAUCCCACCUCAGCCACUGACUCAUUGUGUGACCCUGAGCAAGUCACUUCACGUCCUUGUGCUCUGUCUUUCGGGUGAGACGUAGUUGUAAGUGACUCUGCAGCUGAUGCAUAGUUCACACACCCUGGUCUCUGCAAGGAUAAAGGCGUCUGCUUAAAAAAAUAAAAAGAGACGGCAAGAAAUAACUUUAUAAAAAAUCAACGGCAUAAAAACAGGAUGAUUUAAAAAAUAUCGUUAAAAAAAACAGUGAUUACAAAAUAAGAAUCAUCGAUAAAAUAAAACGAUUGCAGUUUUUGCCGCACGUCAUCCGUUUCAUAGUCAGUAGGCCUGUUUAUAGGAUUCUCAAUACCCUGCUCCGAUUUUAAAAGAAGUGUUUAUUUCUGAGAGAUUUUUUAAGGAGGUGUUGUGAAUUGGCCGUUUUUAUGCGGGAAAGGCAACGAGUUUCGCUUGCUCUGCGAAGGCAUGCUCGCUCACAGUGUGAGAUCUCAGCUGUGGGAUUUUAGAAGCGCAGAAGCGUAGAGUUGCGUGUCUCUGAAGCGCCCCAUCCUCUCCCUUGUUUAGCUCUUCGUGUAUGUAUAUGUAAUAUGAUUUUCAUUAAAGCACGGUGCCUCUGUUGUAGGCUGCUUUGAUUGUAUUGCCCAACGAUGCUAUUGUAAUGGGAAGUAUUCUCUGCGGCACGUGAUGUACUUGGGUUGUAUUGUGAAUUAAUAAAUAAAAUAUCAAAUUUUCUUUUUCA